CCACAACAACACAACAACACUUCGCCAAGCUGACAAGGUGAAGACAUAUAAAACAGUAGACAGUAGUGAUUGGUGUCGGACAGACGGAUACGUGGAUAAUGAGUGUGUGGGCCUUGUAUUCCGGGUUAACACGGGCGCCCUUAUGGCGGACUUGGAGUCACGCUUGGGCUCCGGCGAGUGUAAGUGGGCUUGGCCUUCACACAAGUGGACCGCUGGCCAUGCUGCCCGGCAAAAAGAAGAAGCGCAUGGAUCCGGCCUUGGAAAAAUUCAAGGAUGAGCGCAAAAUCAAGCGCUUGACCAAGGCCUUGAAGAAGAUGCAAAAGAAGGACCGAAUCCUCAAGCCUGUCUUGGAAGUUGAGGUUCCGCCGCAUUUGGUCAAGGAAAAAGUCCAACGGGAUCGGGGCACUGAGGUCCCGUAUGAGAUCCAAGAAGAACGCAUUCUCUUAGGCAAGCAGUGGAGUCGGUUUUGCGGGAACCGGAACCGCAAAGAGGUGCGCCAAUUUGACAAUGUCAUUUUGAGCCAACAAAAGGCUUUGGAUGUGCUGAAGACCCUGUCUCCGGCCUUGCAUUUUGAGGCCAUUCAACACGACCCGACAUUGCUUCCAUUCAAGGCCAAGGGUCCCGUUUACACGCUGCCAAUUCCGGAGUACAUCCAGGACGGCGAGUACAAGGAUGUGACGAAGGAGUUCACUAUCAAAUACGGGGACAUGAAACAGUUCAUGACCCAGCUCAUCUCCAAUCCCAGGAGGAGGAGCAAAAAGCAAACCGAUGAGUCCUAGCUGAAUGUGAAUGAUAAGUGAAUGACGAAUAAAAGCAAUAAAAGCUACAAA